CACGGCUCCCUUUCUCCAGGGGCCGUGCUUGGUCGGGGAGGAGGCAUAUUCUCUGCUGCUGAGGGCCGGAUCUAUUGAAUUGAUUGCCGUCAUUGCCAUGGCACCUACACUUUUAGUCCCUGUCGGAGCUUUCGAUCAGCUCGCAGGAAGUCGAAGGUGAGAAUCGUAAGCGUGUUUUCGUGUUGAUGGAGCCCAACAAGCGGCAACGUUCUGCCAUCGCCGCGGCCUCGGCAUCGGCCGAAGACGUAGAGACCGAUAUUCUGCCUUACCAAGUCGCUACAGAACUUUUCCCAGGUGGGCGACGACGCAAUGGAAGGUUAACCCGGGGCGCACUGCUCUCCCUGUGUGUCGUGAUGGUUCAGAGGUGUUGCAGUUUCUGACGCUGAGAUGCCGCUGCAGCUUGGGGCUUGUGUGCAGGAGGUACAGAGAUUCCGCCAAGGAGGGCACCGCGGCAACGAUCAACGAGAAGCUGCGCGAGAAACACAUCGCUGACGUCAUCUCUGUCGCCGACUGCAAUGACCAGGCAGGGCACGCAACAGAGACGAUGGGAUGCCGAUUGGCCCAUGGCAUGACUGUGUGUGCCUAUGGGUCCAUUCUGUUCUAUCUCGUCAAUUGGGCAGGUCGGGCAUGGGACGGGCUUUGGAGCGCUCGUGCGCCUCGAUUGGAUGAUCGAGAAUGGCGGGUCGUGGGAGGCCACGGCGCCGCUCCUCCGGCUCGCUCAUCACUACGACCGCAUCCCGGCCCUGCCGCUCAGCCUCACGACAGCGGACGUCAUGAACGCACAGGACAAGACACUCUAUCGCAGCCGACCUGAGGCUCUGCGCCAAGUAUGCAGAUGGGAUGGGGACGGAGGGAGGACCGACGGGCUGGCUGGAUUCAUGUGCCGUUGUCUUGUGUGUUUGUUGCGCUAUGUCAGUUUUCGGUGUUUAGUCGUCGUGUGUUGGAUGACAUGGGCCGGAGCAUGACGGACCUGCGGCGAGACCCCAUCACGCAGCGGGACCGCAUCGCCGGCCUCGAGUUGGCGGUCUUCACCGACACACACACGGGUCCCAACAACGUGCCCCCGCCGCCCCACCUGCUGCCACCCAACCACCCAUUCCGCGACAACUUCGACGCCAAUGACCCUGCAUGCCGAUGUGAGCUGAUGGGGCGGGGGUGUGACGUGCCGCGCCUAUGGGUCUGUGUGUGGUGUCUUGUCGGUGCAGUGAACGGACGUAGUGCUGGGAGUUUCCGAUCUCUUAUGAUUGAGCAGUACGGACACCCAAUGCUCCCUCUGACGGCCUUGUGGUGUUGAUGUGUUCGUCUCUGCUUUCUCUCUGCCUGGCAGCAUGAUAGACGCGAGGGUCCACAAAGCCAUCGAGAAGAAGCCGCGCAAGCGAGAGGAUCGCAACAGAUACGACAAGGUGAUCGAACUCAUGAAGCGCGAUGCGCCCAUUUUCGGCUGCAAAACCAUCGACACGGUGAGCUCAGACAGCCAGACAAGGCUUCUGCGCACGCACAUGGCACUCUCCCUCUCUUUCUCUGUGCAGUUGGGUCCAAGUGCCCGCUACGUCAUCCUUAGCGGCGACAAGGCGGGCGACGAGUUCGCCGCCCACCUGUACAUCAAGGGCGGGCAGGUGGCGGCGACAAUCUCACUGUGGACGACCGAGCAGCCGCAAGGCAACAAGAAGAUGAAGGUCGGCGAGAGAUUCCCGCGGACGGUACAGCUGGUGAGGGAGAAGAUGGGCGCAGAGGUGUCGGUUAUCGGGCUGUGAGGGCGGAGCCGCGAGGGGGUAGAGAGAGUCGGUUGACUGCUUCAUUGGUCGGUUGGUUGGUUGAGUCCGCUUUUGCCUGUCUAGUCCUGCGAUGAGCG